CUAACAUUGCUCAUUUUAUUUAUAAUUCUCUUCUCUAGGAACAUUCCAUACUUAUGAUAGAUGAAAUCAAUGAUAUCCGAAUUAUUGGAGCCAUUACAGUGGUGAUUCUUUUAGGUAUCUCGGUGGCUGGAAUGGAGUGGGAAGCAAAAGCUCAGAUUGUUCUUUUGGUGAUUCUGCUUCUUGCUAUUGGUGAUUUCGUCAUAGGAACUUUUAUCCCAUUGGAGAGCAAAAAGCCCAAAGGUUUCUUUGGUUAUAAAUCUGAAAUAUUUAAUGAGAACUUUGGGCCAGAUUUUCGAGAGGAAGAGACAUUCUUUUCUGUGUUUGCCAUCUUUUUUCCUGCCGCUACUGGUAUUCUGGCUGGAGCAAAUAUCUCAGGUGAUCUUGCAGAUCCUCAGUCAGCCAUACCCAAAGGAACACUGUUAGCGAUUUUAAUUACUACAGUGGUUUACGUAGGAAUUGCGGUAUCUGUAGGUUCUUGUGUUGUUCGGGAUGCCACUGGGAACAUUAAUGAUACUAUUGUAACAGAGCUAAAAAACUGUACUUCUGCUGCCUGCAAAUUAAACUUUGACUUUUCAUCUUGUGAAAGCAAUCCUUGUUCCUAUGGCCUAAUGAACAACUUUCAGGUAAUGAGCAUGGUGUCAGGAUUUGCACCAUUAAUUUCUGCAGGUAUCUUUUCAGCCACGCUUUCUUCAGCAUUAGCAUCCCUUGUGAGUGCUCCGAAAAUUUUUCAGGCUUUAUGUAAGGACAACAUCUACCCAGCUUUUCAGAUGUUUGCUAAAGGUUAUGGGAAGAAUAAUGAACCUCUUCGUGGCUAUAUCUUAACCUUCUUAAUUGCACUUGGAUUCAUCUUAAUUGCUGAACUGAAUGUUAUUGCUCCAAUUAUCUCUAACUUCUUCCUCGCAUCAUAUGCAUUGAUCAAUUUUUCAGUAUUCCAUGCAUCACUUGCAAAAUCUCCAGGAUGGCGUCCUGCUUUCAAAUACUACAACAUGUGGAUAUCACUUAUCGGAGCAAUUCUUUGUUGCUUAGUGAUGUUUGUCAUUAACUGGUGGGCUGCAUUGCUGACAUACGUAAUAGUCCUUGGGCUAUAUAUUUAUGUUACCUACAAAAAACCAGAUGUAAACUGGGGAUCCUCAACACAAGCCUUGACUUACCUGAGUGCGCUGCAGCAUUCGAUUCGUCUUUCUGGAGUGGAAGACCACGUGAAAAACUUUAGGCCACAGUGUCUUGUUAUGACAGGUGCUCCAAAUUCACGCCCAGCUUUACUUCAUCUUGUUCAUGAUUUCACAAAAAAUGUUGGUCUGAUGAUCUGUGGUCAUGUACAUAUGGGCCCUCGAAGACAGGCUAUGAAAGAGAUGUCCAUUGAUCAAGCCAAAUAUCAGCGAUGGCUUAUUAAAAACAAAAUGAAGGCAUUUUAUGCUCCAGUACAUGCAGAUGACUUAAGAGAAGGUGCACAGUAUUUGAUGCAGGCUGCUGGUCUUGGUCGUAUGAAACCAAACACACUUGUCCUUGGAUUUAAGAAGGAUUGGUUACAAGCAGAUAUGAGGGAUGUGGAUAUGUUUAUAAACUUAUUUCAUGAUGCCUUUGAUAUACAAUAUGGAGUAGUGGUUAUCCGCCUAAAAGAAGGCCUGGAUAUAUCUCAUCUUCAAGGACAAGAAGAAUUACUGUCAUCACAAGAGAAAUCUCCUGGCACCAAGGAUGUGGUACUUAGUAUGGAGUAUAGUAAAAAAUCAGAUUUAGAUACUUCUAAACCACCUGGUGAAAAAACUGUUACACAUAAAGAUGAGGAAGACGAUGGCAAGACUCCAACUCAACCACUGUUGAAAAAAGAAUCCAAAGGCCCUAUUGUACCUUUAAAUGUAGCUGACCAAAAGCUUCUUGAAGCUAGUACACAGUUUCAGAAAAAACAAGGAAAGAAUACUAUUGAUGUCUGGUGGCUUUUUGAUGAUGGAGGUUUGACCUUAUUGAUACCCUAUCUUCUGACUACCAAGAAAAAAUGGAAAGACUGUAAGAUCAGAGUAUUCAUUGGUGGAAAAAUAAACAGAAUAGACCAUGACCGGAGAGCGAUGGCUACUUUGCUUAGCAAGUUCCGAAUAGAUUUCUCUGAUAUCAUGGUUCUAGGAGACAUCAAUACCAAACCAAAGAAAGAAAAUAUUGUAGCUUUUGAUGAAAUGAUUGAACCAUACAGACUUCAUGAAGAUGAUAAAGAACAAGAUAUUGCAGAUAAAAUGAAAGAAGAUGAACCAUGGCGAAUAACAGAUAAUGAGCUUGAACUUUAUAAGACCAAGACGUACCGGCAGAUCAGGUUAAAUGAAUUAUUGAAGGAACAUUCAAGCACAGCUAAUAUUAUUGUCAUGAGUCUCCCAGUUGCACGAAAAGGUGCUGUAUCUAGUGCUCUCUACAUGGCGUGGUUAGAAGCUCUAUCUAAGGACCUACCACCAAUCCUCCUAGUUCGUGGAAAUCAUCAGAGUGUCCUUACCUUCUAUUCUUAAAUGUUCUACACAGUGGACAGCCCUUCAGAAUGGUACUUCAGUGCCUAGUGAAGUAACUGAAAUCUUCAAUGACAUAUUAACAUCACAAUGGCAAAUGGUGACUUUUCUUUCACUGUUUCAUUUAUUUGAAAGCACACAGGAAAGUUGCUCCAUUGAUGUGUGUAUGGAGACUUCAGUUUUAGCUAUUCCAUAUCUCAAUCUUAAUGAAUAGUGAUUCUUUCCUGUUGGACUGAAGUUUGUGAGCGUAAAGUUUUCCUUUGCUACUUGAAUAGCAAUAAAUGUGUGUUAUUUUUUGAUUGAUGAAAGGAGUACAAAAAGCCUUUAGCCUUGAGGUGCCUUCUGAAAUUAACCAAAUUUCACCCAUAUAUCCUCUUUUAUAAAUUUAUAGAAUGUCAAACUUUGCCUUCAGCCGUUAUUUUUAUUUCUAGUCCUUUCCACCUUAAAACAAAAUGGACACUGUGUUUCUUCUUCCAUUGACCAGUUAGUGUUGAGUACUGUUUUCUAUUUUUUGUAAAAGUAUCUAUUAGAUAUGAAAGGUGAGAAUUAGGGCAGGUUAAUGAAAAAUAUGGGGAAAAAAUGGUAGCCAAAAAGUGACCCCAAGGUUAGGUUUAUAUGAGUAUAUGUAAAUGUAUAGCUAGGGAAAAAAGCCCCCGAAAACCUUUUUUAACCCCUUUAAUUGGCUAUUGUUACUAUCUUUAUUAUUUGUUCUGUAAACCUUAGGGAAGGUUAAAAAUGUAUCCAAUACUUCCAUAUACCAUGCUGAAAAAUCAUGUCAUUCUUUAAUCAAAAAUCCUCAAGAUCAUUUGUGUUUAUUUGAAGAGAGAUCUGUCCUAAUUUAGAAUUUCCCUCGAAUAUGAGGGACUUUUAAGAAAUGCUAACAGAUUUUUCUGGAGGAAAUUUAGACAAAACAAUGUCAUUUACUGGAAUAUUUCAAUAAACACUACAUGGAAUUUCACUAUACUGUACCAUCCUUUAUAUAUCAUUAAAAUAAUGUUUCAUCAAAUGGUUAAAUGGACCACUGGUUUCUUAGUGAAAUGUUUUUAGGCUUAAUUCAUUAAAUUGUCAAGUACACUUAGUCUUAAUACACUCAGGUUUGAACAGAUUGUUCUGAACAUUUAAAUUUAAUCCAUUCUUAAUACUUUAAAACUUUUGUGUUAAGAAAACUGCCAGUUUGUGCUUUUGAAAUGUCUGUUUUGACAUCCUAGUCUACUAGUACAAUUUGACAGUACAUAUGUACUGUUACUAAAAGCUUUAUAUACAACUAUUAAUGUGAAGUUUUUCAUUUUUUAUUCGAGGAAGGAUUUCCUAAAAACAUUUCAAGGGAUUUAUGUCUACAUAUUUGUGUGUGUGUGUGUGUAUGUAUACAUAUACAUAUGUAUGUAUAUGUAUAUAUGUAUAUACACAUGCAGAUGCACAUGUGUAUAUAUAAUGAAAUUUGUGUUGCUAGUGUUUUUCAUUUUAAAGUGAUCAAGAUCCAUUGAAUUAAUUUUGUUUGUUUUAGUAAACCUAAGUUUAAAGUCAAAUUGACAGAUGUAGGUAGGUUUCAUGGAGAACUAAGGUAUCAUCUGAAAGGCAUGCUGCAACUUCACACAAUUGUCAUCCAGUUAGAAAAUGGAAAAGUUUUUAUCUCAAGUACUGUUAAGUGGGUUCAUUGGUGUAGGCUUCAGUGGUGGAGAAUUUUUGCAGGUUUUCAUGAAUCUUGAUAGAAAUCUAUAAAAUUAUUAUUUUCAAUUGUGUACAGUAUUUUUGCUGCUUGAAUAUGAACUAAACUAAUAUAAAUUAGAGAUCUGAUAAUAAUUUUGAAUUCAGAAUAUUAAGAAAUGAAGUAACUGAUUCUCUAAAAAGAUUUUUCCACAGUAUAACUCACAGCAUUGUUCCAUUUAUUGCAGGUUUGCAGUGUUUGGGGGAAAGACAGUAGAAAUAUUUUAUUAUUCAGUAAACAAUAUUAUGUGUGGACUUUAAAAGUGGAUAAUAGGGCAUGGACUGAGUGCUGCUAUCUUGAAAUGUGCACAGGUACACUUAAUUUUUUUUUUUAAGUUUUUCCCAUUUAGGAAAACAUCGUUGUGAUCUGUACUACAGGAACCAAAUGUCAUGCAUCAUAUAUGUGUGUAUAAAGUACAUAAAAUAUAUCUAAAUAUGCAUAAUGUGGGGAGGGUAAUAUUGUCUGUGAAAUAAUGUAAGAAGCUUUUCAUUUUAAAAAAAUGCAUUAUUUUCACUUAACACUAGACACCAAGUUAGAAUUUUCAAGGCUGUUAGUGCUCUACUAAAUUUCAACAAGUAAUUCUUAGAAAUACUAGCUAGUGUUGAAGCUAUUCUACUUUAUUUAUGCAGAAUUUUGAUUAUUUAAUGCCAAAUUUUUUUAGUUUUAAUCAUUGGUGAUAACUUGGAAGUAAAUAAUUAUGCAGUGGCAUUUGACAGUUUAUUAUUCCUAUAGGUAAGAAUUCAGUGGAUUUGGAGAGAAUGGUGGUGUUAAGCUGAUUAUUAAUAAUUACUGAAAUCAAAUAUUUAUUUGUUACAUUAUUUCAUUUGUAUUUUAGGUUUCCUUUUACAUUCUUUUUAUAUGCUUUCUGACGUUGCAUUUUUUAAGACUAUGGAAAUAAUUUAAAGAUUUGAGCUCUGGUGGAUGAUUAUCUACUAAGUUUGAAAAUGUAAUAUUUUGAUAAUACUGUACUAUAAUUGUCACACAAAUGCUUUUCUAAUGUUUUAACCUUGAGUAUUGCAGUUGCUGCUUUGUACAGAGGUUACUGCAAUAAAGGAAGUGGAUUCAUUAAAACUA